UUGUUCAUGCGAUACGGACUUAACGCAGGAAUGAGUGACGUGAUCGGCUAUCUAGAGUAUUUUCUUCAAGCCACGACCGUGUGGUCGUUGCGUUGCGCGCCGCGCAUUGGGUAUCGGCGUGACGAGAGCGAACGCGUACGAGAAAUAAACAGAGCGAGUGCGGCGUGUAGUAGCAGUGGCGAAAGCGCACGUUUAACAACCAUGUCGUCGUCGAACAAGAAGGCCAAGGAGUUGGAAGAUCCUGGCUCUGGCGAGGGGGACGCCCGUGACUCUCUCUACGACGUCGAGAUACAGAAGACCCUGGAGGAGAUCGACGGCUGUCAGAAUCAAAUCGAUGGUCUGAACGAGAAGGCCAGCGAUGAGAUUCUCGAGGUCGAGAAGAAGUAUAACAAGCUACGCAAGCCCUACUUCCAGAAGCGUAACGACAUCAUCAAGAGGAUACCCAACUUCUGGGUGACUGCUUUUGUAAACAACAAAGAAAUAGCAGAAAUAUUGGAAGAAGAUGAAGAAGACGCAUUGAGAUUCCUAAACAAAUUAGAAGUUGAAGAAUUUGAAGAUAUCAAAUCUGGCUAUAGGAUUAAUUUUUACUUUGAUGAGAAUCCAUAUUUUGAAAACAAUGUUUUAACUAAGGAAUUUCAUCUAGGAUCUUCUGGAGAUCCAGCAUCUCAAAGUACAGCCAUCCGUUGGAAAGAUGGUGCGGAUUUAACGAAAAAAACAAAAACCAAAACACCAAUGAAAGGACGCAAAAGGCCACUUAAGCACAGAUCAUUUUUCGAUUGGUUCACGGAUCAUGGAGAUCCAAGCUCAGAUGAGAUAGCUGAAUUAAUUAAAGAUGAUAUGUGGCCUAAUCCAUUGCAGUAUUACUUGGCUCCAGAUAUUGAUGUUGAGAAUGGUAUUGAGGGUGAUGGUGAAGAAUGCGAAAGCGAAGAUGACGAUGAAGAGGAAGAUGGGGCUGAUGAUGGUGACGAAGGUGCAGAAGGGGAGGAAGGAGAUGACAGCAUAGUGGUGGUUGAGGAUGAUGUGGAUGAAGAAGAUGAUGAGGACGAGGCUGUGAAUGAUGAAGAUGAUGGCGUCAAUGAAGAAGAUGAUCUGUUGGAUGAUGAAGGAGAUCGUGAGGAAGGAGAAGAACCUGAAUAAAGUCCGAUUACUGAGAACAUCAUACUCCAAAUAUUGUGAAAAAAAAAACAAGAAAAUGGAUGAAAUUGUGUGCACCGAAUCAAUCAAGAACAGAUAGUCUAGUGGACUGAAAAUAUUAUGCCAUAUGAAUAAAUCUCAGGACACUUUUUUUGAAUAUAUGAAAAUAGAGAAGCCGAAUUCACAAAAUCUAGACUCUUUCGCUUGAGAACUUAUGUAUAAAAAUACAGCAUUUGUUAAGAUAUAUUGAAAGUGGUUUGAAAGGAAAGAGUCUGGAUUGGAAUAGAUAGGUUCUAUCAUCGUACUAAAUCUGUAUUGAGACAUAAUACGAAUUCCUCAGUUGUAUUCAUAUGGCCUAGUCGUUCCCUUAAAAUAAAAUAUGCGACAAAAAAAUGUCCGCUUGGUUUUUAACAAUAAGCGGAUUUUAUCAAUAAGUUAGGAUAAAAUAGAACGAGGCACUAGGUGGGAGUUUUAUUUGCUUUCUCAUGAAAAUUAUUUUUUAGAUAUGACUUCCAGAACGAGGUGUUUUGAAUAGAAUUUUUGAGAGUGACAAUUGUAUUUUUUCUCGCACAUGAAGUACAUGGAUUUUUUUACACAACCAUUGUCUUGUUACUUUCGAAUAAAACACGUAGAACAAAGAUUUUAUCCUUUGCUAUGAUCCGAUCAAUUUUACAAUCACAUACACAUAUCGUUAUUAUCUGGAAACAAAGUGAUAAAAACAAUUUAUUCUUAAUCAUUAUUAACUUGUUUUAAUUUAUUGCACUGUAGACUGAAUUUUUAUCUGACUUUGUAUAAUUUUAUAAUAUAACAAGUAAUAUCUGUAAUGUCUUUUUUUAAGUUUUGCAUAUAAAUAAAAAUUUACAUUAUUUGUACAUGGUAUAUGACGUAGUGUAUGGUUUUGGCUAUAUAUAUUACAAUAUUACCUCAAAUAAAAAUACAUAGAUAUUGUAUAUUCAUAUAUUAUUAUAAAACUUUUACUAUUGUGUAACACAACUAGUUUUAUUAGUUUGGUAUUUUAGUAACAAUUUUACGAAUUAAUUACCACAUUCUAGCGAUGUAAACAUAUUGCUGCGCUCAAGAAAUUCUGUACAAUUUUCGAUAAAAAAUUGCAACAUAAAAUUGUGUACUUUGUUACUCACGGACAAAUGAAAAUACGUUUAGAGAAUGUCUUCUUCGAAAUCCAACUUGAUUGACAAUUAUUUUCUAUUGAGCUAUUAUUUGGAUUUAAAGAAUUAAAUUUUAACGACAUCCGUUAUAAACUUGUCACACUCAAAAAGAUAUCUUCAUCUUGUCACACCUCGUUCACGUUCUUCCACACUUCGUGUCACGAUUUACUCGUAUAAAGUAAGUGUUUCGUGAACAUUUCUAAUAUUUGAUACAUUACGUACGUUAAUCUAUGAUGAUUUCACUUUACGAGAUUAUCGUAUUAUAUGGCAAAGGUGAAAUCAAUAUACAAAAUCGCAUAGAUAGACUUUACAUCUUCUAUAAUUGACAUUAAUUAAUAGAGGAAAAAUAAGACACAUAUUAUCAGUUACACAUUCGUAUCAGGGCAUGUAUUAUGGAAUUAUUUGAAAUUGAUUCGGAUCGAAAUUAUUCAAUUCCCUAGAUUUCUGUUGCGUUUUCUGGAGAAAACUGAAUUGAAUAAUUCUGAUCGAAAUCUAUUUCGAAAAAUUUUAUAAUAUUUGUCCAGUAAACUGAAUCUCGUUGGUUACUCUAUAUUCUUUGAAGCCUAGGAAGAAACAAGUAAUUAUUACACAUCUCGAAUAGAAAGCGCUCGUAGUCGAUUUGAUAAGAUAAGCUGUAAUUGUCUAAUUUUAGAAUAAAAUACAACAUCGAUAUUUUUUAAGGAUAUAUAUAUUCUCGUGUUGUUUUAUUAUUCGGUUCUGUCAGUAUUUAUUAGAUUAAUACGUGUUACCCCUAACAUGUGUGAGUAAAGGAAAUAUUGUCAAAAUUAUAGAAAUGAUAAGACCAAUAAGAUUCGUAUUUUAUCA